UUUAAUAAGACCAAAAUAAUUAUUAACUGUGAUCAGAAUUUUUACAAAUAUUGUCGAAAAAAAUGACUUCUGUCGAUUGGGAAGAAGUUAAAAGACUUGCUGCAGACUUUCAAAAAGCUCAGCUUAGCUUUUCUCUACAAAAACUCUCAGAGCGUAAUUGUGUGGAAAUAAUAACAAAACUAACCGAAGCAAAAUUAUUGAAUAUUAUUUUUACGAACGAUGGCAAAGAAUAUGUGACACCGCAACAUUUGGAGAAAGAAAUAAAAGAUGAAUUAUACGUUCAUGGUGGACGUAUUAAUUUAGUGGAAUUAGCGAAAAUUUUGAAUGUCGAUUUAUCACAAAUUUCCAAAUCAGUCAAUGAUAUUGAAAAGCAUGAUAAAUCGUUGAAACUCAUUUUGGGUCAAUUAAUUGACAGGAAUUAUAUGAUAAGAAUUGCCGGCGAAAUUAAUGAUAAAUUAAGUCAACAAGGUCAUAUAAAUGUGUCGGACUUGACAUUGAAAUAUGAUUUACCCGCUGAAUUUAUACAAUCAUUGUUGGAAAAAGAAUUGGGAAAAAUUGUCUUUGGUAAACAAGAUUCACAGGAUUUAAAAGUAUUUUACACCGAGGGCUAUGUGGCGAGAAAUCGCGCAAAAGUGAGAGGAGCUUUGUCCGCAAUUACAAAACCAACUCCACUUUCUGCUAUUUUGGGACAAUGCGCUGUUCCUGAGAGAAUAUUUUUCUCAAUUCUGGAGAAUUUACAAGAAAUGAUGCAAGUUCCUGGUGUCGUUACUGGAAAACAAGGCGGAAAUAGUAUUUACGUGCCAUCAAUUUAUUCCAAAAGUCAAAGUGAAUGGGUUGACAAUUUUUACAAACAAAAUGGAUAUCUCGAAUACGAUGCACUUUCACGUUUAGGAAUAUCGGACCCGAAAAAUUUCGUAAAACGUCACUUUCCCAAUGAGAAUUUAACACUCCUCGACACUGUUGCUGUUGGUUCAACAAUAUUAGAUCAAGUUGACGCAAAUAUCGACGAAACAUUAGCAACCGAAACAUUCAUGGACAUUUAUCCACUUUUACCAUCAGUCUUCAGUUCAUCUGACGUCGAAACAAUUUUAAAAGAAACUCUAAAACGAACAAAACGAAAUAUUCAUAUUUAUGCAUCGACUGUCAUCGUUUCCGAAGCGUUCCUACAGAAUUUAUACAAAAAAUUAGAAUCACUAGCCGAGAAAAAGGCCAAUGAACUCGUCGACAGUGGAAAAUGGCUACAAUCAAUUGCUGAGAAUCGUCUAAAAUCAAAACCCACGGAAAUAAUUGAUACAAAAACAGAUAGAAAAGCUGAGAGAAGAAAAAAGGCGUCAAGCGGUAAGAGUGGUGGCGGUGCACAGGGUCGUGAAACAAAGACAAAAUCAACAAAAAAAAAGUUUCAUCAAGGAAAAAAUAAUGAUUCAGACGAAGAAAAUGCUUCGUAUUCAAAUGUAAAACAAGAAUUAACAUUUAUUGCUGUCGUCGAUAUUGCCAAGGAAUUAAAGAAGGAUUCAAAUAUUGCCGAUAUCGAUGAAUUUGUCGAUGAAUUAGCGGCGUAUUUACAAAUUUUAUUAAAUAAACACGUGAUGCAAGUGGCCGAGCAAUUAAUGCAAAAAAGUAAGAAUACAAAUUUAAAUGAAAUUGAAGAUAGACUCAAUAUGAUUGCGGUGAAUAUUCGUGUAUUUGACAAGGGUAUAAAGCAUUUGGAAAAAAGUGUACAAUCGUCAAUGAUUAAAUAUUUAUUGAAAACAUUGGGAUUGGAUUUUGUCACGGAAAUAUUUAAAUUGGCGUGCAAUCAAAAUGUUAUACAGUGUCCAAAUAAUUUAACGACAGAGGCGAGGCAAAAAUUACUUCUUGAAUUUCCAAAAGACAUUAAGGAGAGUCUUGGUGAAUUGCAUAGAAGUGUGAUUGGUGAGUCGGUGGAGGAUUUUUUGAAUUCCAUUGAAUCUGCAAUGAUUGCUUGUUGUUUGGUUUUGAGGAAAUAUGAUAAAAAGAAGGAUAGGCCAAUUAUUGUUGGUCAUAGGGAAGCAUUACUUGAUCAAAUUAAUUCUACUCAGGAUCCAGCAUUGGCACUUCAUUUGGCGACAAAUAUUUUAUUCAUCGUUGCCACGCAAAGUGCAUUGCACAUGUCGGGUAGGCACGUUUCGUCGAUUCUCACUUUUCUGCAGACGCACUUGGAACUCGAGGCUAUGUCCAUUCUCACUAAAUAUCAUGAUUUAGUGCUGAAAUUAUUGAGUUCAAGUGAAGAGGCGGAAAAAGCAGCAAAUUUAUCGCUUCUCGAUGAAGGAUUGUCAGAAAUAAAAAAUAUUGCCAAUGAAGCAAAGAAAUAUGUGAAAACAGAUAAAUCACACGAUUAAUUAUAAUACUGUACAAAUGUUUCAACAAGCGGAUUUGCUUUGAAAUUUCUUAUGAGUGAAUUUGGAAAAUGAAUUAUCACUUCAAAACUAUUUUUUAAAAUAUGUAUAAAAAUUCAUUUAGAAUUUUUUUAAAAUAUAUAUAAUUUUUAUUACAAUUAUAAUUCCGGUGAUGUUUUAAAUUAACGCACAUUUUAAUUAUAAAGAAUUAAAUUCACUUGUACUUGAGAAAUUAAACAAAAUUCUUAAAUACACAAAUUUGAAGAAUUAACCAAAAACUUGAUGAAUUCAGUUAAAAAUUAAUGAAAUACAAAAUCAAAUGCAAACUUUUAAGAAACUUCAAUUUUUAUUUUUACACAAUAAAUAAUUAUUAUAUUUAAUAAUUUUUACAUUUGAAAAUUAAUUAA